AUGUUGCCAGAACUGGCGACAUCUACCAGAACGAUUAUUUCGUCAUCGACUUCAAGUCUGGUGAUAUAGGCGUCAAAGUCAAGCGGCAUUUAGGAUCUCUUCAGAAUGAAGAGGCGCAGCGACUCUUGGCGGUCUGUCGUCUGGUUCCUCAAGCUUCUUCGCUUGGUGGAUUCGUUUUCGAGACAUUGGGACACAAUCACCUAUCUGGCUCGACCGCAGUUCCUGUUGGAUUCCCCAACCUUAUUCGCAUGCAUAAUGGAGGCAACAACCAUCGGACGUUCAAGACGGCUACAUCAUCUGUGCCGCCUUCAUCCACAUCAUCUUCACUUCUCAGCCUUCCCAUUCGAUCUAGGAAAAUCGUCCAUGUCGAGUUCGAGAAGGAUAAGAAUCUGGAGCUCGAUUUGCCGUUGGAUCAUUAUCUCUACAUCCCGAGUGCCGAAGACAACCUUUCGUUUGACUCGUCCUUUGUGGAGUACCGUGAUACUGAUGACGCCGUGACUGCGACCAUAUGGAUCUUCCAGAUGACAGUGAGCACAGGGCAUCAUGGAGCGAGUGCGGGAUAUGAGCUCGUUAGCAGUGUCGAAGACUUCGUUCGUCAACAGACACAGGAGCGCACACGAAGUGGUCCGCAAGAGAUACGUGAUAUUGAAAGGAGAAUGAGCGAAGAGGUGGGCAGUAUCGCAGGUCGAAAACGAAAACGAAAACGGAGCCUUCCUGCCUCGGUAGUAUCCCGAAAGAAGCCAAAACGCGCGAAAGAAGCUGUGAUGAAAUCGAACUACGUCCUCAUCUGUCCGGAUAAGCCAGCAGAGGCGCGUACGUGGACGAUGCCUGAUGGAUGGAGGGAUGACAAAGGGUUGGUGUACUGCCAGCUGAUUCCCAUCUCGUAUUGAUUUAAUUUGAUGUGCUCGACUCCUGAAUUACGCCUCUUGUGCCUACAUCAUGACUUUCUAACAUGAAUACUUUCGUGCUCGAGUUCGUCAGGGCUACCUCGAACAGGGGAAGGUCCGAUGUGGAUUCUUUCCGUACUUUAGGCGCCAACGGUACUUUGGGAUGCUCGCCAGCCUUUAGCUUUCCUUCGAAGGCAUCUUUCUGUCUGCACAUGCUAGUGUUUUUCCAUGUGUUU